GCGGACACACGCACGGAACAACGGACACACGCACGGAACAACGGACACACGCACGGUGCGGCGGACACACGCACGGGGCGAUGCGCCGUCGGUAGCUGUUUCCGGUCACGGAGCUCCAGGAUGAGCGUGGCGAUGCAGGAGCUCCGGAACACCAUUUCCAACUACAAGCACGCUACACUGGAGGAGGAAGACGUCUCAGAAGCUCCUGCUGAGACAUCAUCCCCCUGUGACACAGUGGAGAUCGGCUUCAGGAAAGGUGGAGUGGAUUUUUUUGGCAGAAGAACUCAAAUGGAGGCUAUUCUCUCAGUCCUGCUCCUUGUCUGUCUACUUGCACUAUUGGCCUGUCUGCUGCUCCUGGGACUGAGAUACAACUCAGAUGGUGGGCGGGAUCUUUGCCUGUCAGAAGCCUGCAUCACGGUGGCCAGUCAGAUGGUGGAAGCCAUGGACCGCAGCGCCGACCCCUGCCAGGACUUCUACCAGUUCGCUUGUGGAGGUUGGAUGAGGAAAAAUCCGCUGCCAGACGGAAGGUCACGCUGGUCAACCUUCAACAGCAUCUGGGAACAGAACCAGGCACUGCUGAAACAUGUCCUGGAAAAUGGGACUUUUAAUGGCAGCAGCGAGGCAGAGAACAAGACAAAGGCCUACUAUCUGUCUUGUCUGAACACACAGAGGAUCGAGGAGCUGGGAGCUCAGCCUCUCAUAGACCUCAUUGCCAAGAUUGGUGGCUGGAACAUUACAGGGCCAUGGGAUAAGGAGAACUUCAUGGAGGUUCUGAAGAUGGUCUCCGGUCUGUACCGGGCUCAGCCUUUCUUCAGCGUCAGCGUCAGUGCUGACCUCAAGAACUCCAACAGUAACGUCAUCCAGGUGGACCAAUCGGGGCUCUUUCUGCCAUCUCGGGACUAUUACCUGAACAAAACAGCCAAUGAGAAGGUCUUGACUGCCUACUUGGACUACAUGGUGGAGUUGGGGAUGUUGUUGGGCGGCAAUCAGAGCUCCACCCCCCUGCAGAUGCAGCAGAUUCUGGAGUUUGAGACAGUGUUGGCCAACAUUACUGUGCCUCAGGACCAACGGCGUGAUGAAGAAAAGAUCUACCACAAAAUCACCAUUGCAGAACUUCAGAUGUUGGCUCCAGCAGUGGAUUGGCUGGACUACCUGCUGUCCUCUUUGUCUCCUUUGGAGCUGAAUGACAGUGAAGCGGUUGUCCUCUAUGCCAGGGAGUACCUGCAGCAGGUGUCUGACCUCAUCAACAAAACCGACCACAGCCUCCUGAAUAACUACAUGAUGUGGACUCUGGUCCAGAAGUGUGUGAUGAGCCUGGACCAGCGUUUUGAGAAUGCUCAGGACAAACUGCUGGAGAGCCUUUAUGGAAGUAAGAAGUCCUGCACCCCCCGCUGGCAGACGUGUAUUGGGAACACAGAUGACACCUUGGGGUUCGCUCUUGGAGCUCUCUUUGUUAAAGCCACCUUUGACAAACACAGCAAGGAGAUUGCCGAGGAGAUGAUUAAUGAGAUCCGCUCGGCAUUUAAAAACUCUCUGGAUAGGCUCAGCUGGAUGGAUGAACAAACGAGACAUGCUGCCAAAGAGAAGGCAGAUGCUAUCUAUGAUAUGAUUGGUUUCCCGGAAUUCAUUCUGGACCCCAAAGAGCUGGACGAUGUUUAUGACGGGUAUGAAGUGUUAGACGACAGCUUUUUCCAGAACAUGUUGAACUUCUACAACUUCUCAGCCCGAGUGAUGGCCGACCAGCUGAGGAAAAGUCCAAACAAAGACCAGUGGAGUAUGACUCCUCCCACAGUUAACGCCUACUACAUGCCCACAAAGAACGGCAUCGUCUUCCCUGCUGGGAUCCUUCAAGCUCCGUUCUACGCACACGACCACCCAAAGGCUCUAAACUUUGGUGGGAUUGGUGUGGUGAUGGGUCACGAGCUGACACAUGCCUUUGAUGAUCAAGGACGUGAGUAUGACAAGGAUGGAAACCUGAGGCCUUGGUGGCAGAACUCGUCAUUGGAAGCGUUUCGGCAGAGGACUGAGUGUAUGGUGGAGCAGUACAGCCACUACACUGUCAACGAAGAACAUGUCAACGGGAAACAGACACUUGGAGAAAACAUUGCAGACAACGGAGGCCUGAAGGCUGCCUACCAUGCAUAUCAGUCAUGGAUCCAGAGGAAUGGAGUGGAGAAGAGACUUCCUGCUGUCAACCUGACCAAUGACCAACUCUUCUUUGUGGGUUUUGCCCAGGUGUGGUGUUCGGUUCGAACCCCAGAGAGUGCUCAUGAAGGUCUGGUGACUGACCCCCACAGCCCCCCUCAGUAUCGGGUCAUAGGCACCCUGGCAAACUCUGCAGACUUCAGCCGGCACUUUGGAUGUCCACAGGGAACGGCGAUGAACACAGGGAAGCGCUGUGAGGUCUGGUAGCCAGACCGCUGAAGUGAUGGUGGCGGGAAGAGUUAUUUAGCAAGUCAAAGGGUUAAUUAGCCGGUCAGGUUGGUCAUUAGUUAAUGUGUGGGUCUUUGAGUUAGUUGACAGGUCAGGUUUCAGGCCCUCUGGGUUUGUGGAUUAGCAGAUCCAUUUGUGGUAACAGCUCACUGUUAAUUUAAGUUUUAGUCAGUUAGCAGAGGCUUCUUUUCUUGUUUUAACAAGUCAUUGUGUUAAUUAAGAGGGAAUGAAGGUGUUCAUCAAGGUAUUCUGAGCUGGUGAACCUCUGGUCUACAAGAGACUUUACGCAGAAGACCUCGCGGAAAAUUAUGACAAAUCAUAUUUCUUUAUCGCUGUUUAUAAACUAAUUUGUAAUGAACUUUAUUUCAUGUCUGUGGGGGUGCAGUGAAUCUGGACUCUGUGGAAGCCUUAAUGCAGAAUCAAAAGUCCAAAAACUGCCACUGAUGUGGCUUUUCAGAUCUCAGCCUGUGAUUGGUCAGGAAGUCUUUGUGUUUCUUUUCAGAUUUUCAAAACAAAUCCUUGUCUUUUACAUUACCAUCAGUCUUCUUGUGGAUCCAAACAUUGGGACGUGAUCCAAACCAGCACUGUAAAUAAGCUGCAUUUAUUUCUCACAUUCAGUACCGGCACACGCUUGCAGGUGUCCACUCGCGUCCACGCACUGGACACCACAGUCCAUUCUCAGUUCUGUCAAAGUCCAAAAAGGUUCUGUAGCUGCCAGGUCUCCUCAGUGACCUAAGGGCAACUGGACCAGACCCAAACCCAAAGGAACCACUGAGACUGAACUCAAUAGAGACCAGUUUAGCACAGUGAAGUCCGCGGCAUCGUCUGGAACAUAAAUGUGAAGCUGGGUGUUGGAGCAUCAUCUCAAGUCUAAAGUCUGAGCAGCAAAAAGUCCAAAUGGAACCAAACCCAUUCACUCCUCAGCUUUACAUUAUUGUGACAGCAGGGGGGCGAAUUGAACGUCCAGUGAAAACCUGCAUAAAGUGGGUCAGCACUUUCCUUUAAAGGACUGUGAUUGUGAACCAAGCUGGAGUCCAAACACACAAAGAAAAAAAAAAAAGACAUUUCUCAGGAGGUUUGAAAAAAAUCAAGAAUUUCAGAAUUUGGAUUGAUUUUUUUUUUUUUUUUUUUUUCUCCAUUGUUAAUCAGGUCUUGAGAAAUGGGAGGAGCAGGUGCCAGAACCCAGAACUAGCUCAGGUCUCCACCGGUCCUGUAUCCUGUGGACUGAGAAACCCAGCCAGUGUUUUCCAGUUCUGGAUGACAUUUGCGUUUCUGUUGGUCGACAUAGUAACAUGUCAGCCAAUCAGCACAGCUGAAACAAUCCUCAAAUGUCCACACUCUGUGACAUCACAGUUGUGGACUAGCUGAAAUCUGACUGUGUGGACCUCUUAAACAUGGACAUGGUGUCCAGCCCUGGAAUCCACAGCAGCUGGAUUCCAGUUGCACAUCCGACCAAUCACCCGAGGGCCUCUUGAUGACAUCAUCAGUGUGUCCAGCAGAAGACGAUUCUGCUGCAGCUGCCAAAGAAAUGUCUCUUACUGUGUAAUGUGUGUGUCGGGGUCAACGGUUAGGGGUCAUAGCUGUGUAUUUACUCUGUAACAUGAACGUGCACAGUAGAAGAGCAGAAUAAAAUCAAACACUUGAUGUCC